CUGUCAAAGCCAAAUGUCAACGAUAUUUACCUUAUUUAUUGGAAUUUGGAAGAAGUAAAAUGUUUUCCUUAAAUAAUCAAUUAGAACUCCGAAAAAUUGUAGUUUCGAGUUUAAUUACAUGUAUUUAUUUGCCGAGCAUUGUUACUGUGAUAUCAUACAAAGGACUUCUGUACUCGCUGGGAAAUGGUUCGACGUUUUAUGUUUUGCUACUAAUAUACAUUGCGGAGCUGCUGAAAUCAUUUUAUUUAAACAGCAAUGUUGCAUCAAAAAAGAUUAAAAGUAAGAUGCAAGCUAGAGAUGUGAUAAACUCCGGUAUAUUUCUUUUGGGAGUUAUUUUUUGUUUUUUCGUUGGUAUGAUAUUGUUCGGGGCGCCGUUUUUAGAUAGUCACGAAGAGACACUGAUGUUAUCAGCGCUUUUGACACUGCUGACAGUAUUUCCUUUAGUAGCACACGCUGGGGUGGAAUCAGCUAUGCAGCUGCUAUUUGGUGUGAAAAAUUUCUCUAGAAAUACAAUAAUAGAGAUGUUAGUUAACAAUGCUUUAUUGACGGUGUGCGGGGCGUGGCUCGGCGCUGUCGUGAUACCGCUGGACUGGAACACGCCCUGGCAGAAGUGGCCGAUACCCUGCUACUUAGGAGCUAUCGGCGGUCAUCUGAUCUCCAAUGUUUUGACAAUUUUAAAAAUAUCACUGAUGUCUGCAGCGGACAAGUAUCCUAUGCUAAACUUUAUUGUCAGUGUGUUAAACAAGUUCAAUUUAUCUAAAUAGUUUUGUG